AUGUCAGUCGGGAUCACGAUCGUGAUGAAACUAAACGUCGAAUCUUUGAAGGACGUUUAUAUGAAGAAUAAAAAGGGCGGAGUAGUCCUAGGGCUAGGACAGGCCGGAGAAGUCGAUUUCUUCCGAGUCUUCACGCCAGGUUGUGUAUACUACUACCGUGCGAGUGAUUACCCAGAUCCGGCUUCACUGACGAAAAAAAUCAAGUUGGAAUGUUUGCCGACCGAAGACGACCAAGAGAAUAAUGACAAUCCGAAUGACGGUCCGAAGGAAGUGCCGAAGGAUGAUCCGAAGGAAGUGCCGAAGGAGGAGCCCAAAAAAAGAAAAGCCAAAGUUCUUCGAGAGCCGACCAGAUUCAGCCGGAGGAUUGCGAAAAUCUCGAAGACUAUGGGGGUUCAAAAACGGAGGGCGAAGGCGAGAUCGACGAAGAAGAGGGCGGUGAAGAACGCCGAGGGGCCUGAGAAGACGACGAACGCGCCGGGUUCUUCGACGACGGAACCGCCCGCGGAAGUCCCGCCCGUGGUGAACCCGCCCGCUGAGGUCCCAGCCCCGGAAACCGAUCACUACUCCCUACAAGAAUGGCAAGGCCUCGCCGACUACAUCAAGAAGAUCCGACUCCCGCCGCCCGAGCUUCUCCGAUCCGUCACCUCGGAUUUCAACAACCGAGAGAUGCUCGAAGCCUUGCAAGCUUACAUGGGUCCCUGGGACGAGAACUCAACCCCUUCAGGUUAACAAAAUUUGAGUUUCCUACCAAAUAAGCAUUUCAGAAUGGUCCGUCAACCUUCCUGGUGAAGUCGCCGAGAAGAAGGAGAAGCUCCGAAAGUAUCUGCGGAAGUUCACGGAUCUCAUCGAUCAGGUUAGCCGAGAAAUCUCAAAAACCAUUUCUGAUCCUCCUUUUAGUUGAGACUUACCGCGCGCGGCAGGUUAGCAACUUAUCACAAUUUGAUUGCCGUCAUCGAAAAUUCCGCUGCUUCGUUCUACACCGACGUCGAAGCGUUGCUCAAUGUGAGUUUUUUUUUGAUUGAAAAAAAAUUGGGGUUCAAGAAAAAUACUUGGAAAAGUGAAGAACAUCCUAGUCUUGGAGAAAAGUUUGAGUUCCCGCCAAAAAAAACGCUUUGCAGUAAAGUUGCUCCAUGGAUAACGCGUUUUGCCAUAGUGGAGUGCAUUCAACAAUACUAGCCAUUUUUCGUAUUGUCGCUUUUCCUUCGUUUCUUUUAAAAUUCAAAACAAAAAAACUCGACAAAUAUAGUCCGACUUGAAAUUUCACUGUACGACAUUCCGCUGCGUGCGGUCGCAACGCGGUUUCGUCUUUACGAACCUCCAGUUUUUCUAGUACUCGACUCUCAUAUGUUCCAAUAGAAAACCAUCAAUGAAUAGAAAAAAUAAAACACGACCGAAGCUCGCAAAGGCAAAGACGCGUCGCGACCGCACGCAGCGGAAUCGCGGAAUGCCGUUUGGUGAAAUUUCAAGAAGAUCUUGGCCAUUUUUCGGAUUUUCACUUUUUUUCUUCGUUUCUCCCAAAUUUGAGUCAAAAAAGCUCGACAAAUUUAGUCCCACUUGAAAUUUCACUGUACGACAUUCCGCUGUUCCGCUGCGUGCGGUCGCGACGCGGUUUCGUCUUUACGAUUCUUCAGUUUUUCUUUUAUUCCAGCAUCUUUUAGAAAUUUUCAGAAUCUCAAUUUCCACUCUCAAACCAUCAUUUCAGGAGGAGGAUCAGCCGGAAAAGCUGGAAAUCAUGCUGAAACGGAACCUGUGCGUCCUGGCCAUCCUGGGCAAGUUCAACGACACCAUUCUCCAACAAAAAAUCUCGUUCCUCAAUAGACAUGUUUAA